AUGGUGCUGAGGUCCCUUAAGAACAUUGAAAUUGAUUGCCAAGCGAAUCAGCAAGUCCUUCACUCUCACUCCCAAUCCACUGCAAAGCUAGAAACUGCUUUAGGACAACUAGUUGCCACUUUGAGUCGGAGAGAUGAAGGCAAGCUUCCAAGUCAGCCUAUAGUCAAUCCUAGGGGAAAAUAUGGGGUAGAAUGUGAACUAGAUACCAUUGAGUCUCACACCCACCACCACAAGAACCACACCUCACUUCGCUCCCAUAGGACUUUUCAUGGCUACUCAGUGACACAUCCAGAAGUCCCACUCGCACCCUUUAUAUUUAAGAAAGAGGCUUCCACUGAGUCCAUCUGGGAUAUGUUUAAACAAGUGCGAAUGGAUAAGUCUCUUCUUGAUGACAUUAAGCAAUCACCUAUGUUUACAAAAUUCCUUAAGGACUUUUCAAUGCAGGAGAUAGAAUCAAGGGGGCACAUGGAUGGUUUGGUUAAGCAGACCGAGCAUAUGAGUUCCAUAAUACUAAAACACCUUGUUCCUAAAUUUAAAGACCUUGGAUCACCUACUAUCUCAUAUGUAAUUGGUAAUUACACCAUUGAUGAGGCCCUUCUAGAUUUAGGAGCAAGUGUGAACAUUCUCUCAUACUCAGCCUAUCAGAAACUUAACCCAGGAGUGUUGCAACCCACUUUGGUUUCCAUAUGCCUUGCUGAUCGAUCUCUUAAGCAACCCCGGUGUGUGGUGGAAGACGUGGUCAUUAAGGAUGGGAUUAUGGACAUCUCAUGGGGCCAUAAUCAACAUAGGCUGAACAUAUUUAAUACUUCCCAACAUCCUUUGAAUGCCAUCCAAGCUGUGGACAAAGACGUGAUUGACAAAAUUGUUAGGGAAGCAACUCCUUCAAUGCUAUAA